GAAGACCCCGUGCCCAACGGUCUCCGCGCACUUCCAGUGUUUUACGCUGCUACCAUAGCUAUUAACGUGUUUUCCAUCAUGUACACGGGGGCACCAGUACUAGGACUGGUACUACCAAUGUGGGCCAUUGCUCUAAUAUCAGUUGGCGUAUCCUUAAUAUUUGCUGUAUUAGUCUGGAUUUUUGUGUGCCCCUGGAUGAAGAGAAAAAUAGAAAGCCGGUUAAAGAAAGAUGCUGCUCUGUCAAGGGUAUCAGAUGAAAGUCUUGAUAAAAUUCAAGAUGAAGAAACACCAGUCUUUAAAGAGCUUCCCGGUGCCAAAGCGUCUGAUGAGAGCACGAUCCCCCUUACUGGCUCGGUAACAGAAGUUGCUGGGGCAUCAGAUACUGUUGCAAAUGGAAACCAUCCACGUGUGCCCUAUGGAAGGGCGUUUUCGAUGACGCACACCUCGGUGAAGUCUCCUGUUUCGAACGGCACCUUCAGCUUCGACGGCCAGGUGAGGAGCGACGGCCACGUUUACCACACUGUGCACAAGGACUCAGGUUUAUACAAAGACUUGCUCCACAAAAUCCACUUGGACAGGGCCACCGAUGAGAGGCCCGCUCAAGAAAACAACUACAAACUGUUACGGCGCAACAACAGUUAUACUUGUUACACAGCUGCUAUUUGUGGCAUGCCCGUGCACUCCUCCUUCAAGGCAGCGGACAUGUCAACUCCAGAGGACAGUGAGAAGCUGGUGGGAGACACGGUUUCCUACUCCAAGAAACGAGUUCGCUACGAUAGCUACUCCAGCUAUUGCAACGCGGUGGCCGAGGCAGAGAUCGAGGCGGAGGAAGGUGGGGUGGAAAUGAAGUUGGCCUCUGAACUUGCAGAUCCUAACCGACCCCAGGUUGAUCCUGUGGAAGAGGAUAAAGAAGAGAAAGACACAUCUCAGGUCCACCUACUUUUCCACUUCCUCCAGAUCUUAACAGCCUGCUUCGGAUCCUUUGCCCACGGAGGUAAUGAUGUCAGCAAUGCAAUCGGUCCCCUUGUUGCGCUCUGGCUUAUCUAUGAGCAAGGUGGUGUCAUGCAAGAAGCGUCAACUCCUGUCUGGCUGCUGUUCUAUGGAGGUGUUGGGAUCUGUGUGGGUCUCUGGGUCUGGGGCAGAAGAGUUAUCCAGACCAUGGGUAAAGACCUCACUCCAAUCACACCAUCAAGUGGAUUCACUAUUGAGUUGGCUUCGGCGUUCACAGUUGUGGUAGCUUCCAAUGUUGGACUUCCUGUCAGUACUACACACUGCAAGGUCGGCUCCGUGGUGGCCGUCGGCUGGAUCCGCUCCAAGAAGGCCGUGGACUGGCGCCUCUUCCGCAACAUCUUCCUGGCCUGGUUUGUGACUGUGCCGGUGGCCGGCUUGUUCAGCGCCGGGGUGAUGGCCCUGCUGACCUACGGGAUCCUGCCUUACAUCUGAAGGGCCUCCUCUGCUGGGGAAGGGGGAGGCGGCCGCCAGGCUGCCGAGGGGAGAAGCGUUCCCGUGAAAGAACCGGUCGGAGAGGAUCCAUCUUCCAUAGCUAACUUCUUAUCUACUGUACAUAACAAUGUGUCAUAUUGGUGACAUGGUGAUGUGGUGCCAUUUCUUAUAUAUUAAAGAAAUAUAUAUGCAUAUAGUAGGUAACAAUACCUAAGUUAUAUUAUCAGUGGGGUGAAAAAUAAUUGCCUAGAAUUUAAUAUUUAGUAAAAUUUGUACAUAGUGUAUCAUUUUGGUGGCAAUUUUUUAAUCUUUCGAAGAAGAGUAUGGAUUAGGAAAUGUUUCUUGUCCAUUUGAUAUAAGAAGAAGCGAGGUACAGGACUGCAUAACGUGAUUUUUUUUAAAGCUAUUAAGAUACUGGAACAAAAUAAAUGUGCAGAAGUGCUUUUCAUAAAAUAACUUUGUUCAUAUCACAUUGACCUUUGUGUAUCAUAGCGUGAUGGUUAUGGCUGUGUAAAUACUUACAACAGUAACUUUUAAAUGGUGCAUUUCCCUUAUAUAUUUUGGAUAAGAAAGUUUAGGAAGUACCAAAGACGCAGGGGAAUAGCGUGCCAAUAUUAUGUUGUUGU